AUGUGUACAGUGGAUGGCCUACGCUUUUCAGAUGUCCAGCUGGGUGAUCUCGGUGGCACCUAUCCCACAGACUCAAACUGGGCAAGGAAAGGGACACCACCAGUUGGUGCACCCAUGUGGAGUAGCCCGGAAGUGAUCAUGGAGACUACCUGGAAUACAGCAACAGACAUCUGGUCUUUUGGAGCUGUUAUAAGUUUCUGGGUUUUCCUCGCAAACUGGUCCACUUCAACCCCUUUCCGCCCUAAAACCGUUCCUUAUGGGCAUGUGGAAUACGGGCUGGAAGUUCUCAAACAACAAUUCUGGUAUUUUGGUCCGUUUCCUGGAAAAUACAAUGAAAUCACAGGUCCCAUGACUAUCAGAGCAAUUUUGUAUCCCAUGCAAGAAACCUCACAGUCAAAAACAACUCCCUUCUAUUGGACAAUGGAGAAAGAGAACAUUGCUGUAUAUAGUCUCAAGCCUAUAAGCAUAGUCUAUAGAUCAAACCUUGUCUUGACUAGCAUUCAGCUUCUUCUUGGUCAUAAAGUAUUCCAGGGCUCUGUGGUCAGUAAAACUCAAACCUAUCUUCUCACUACAACCCAGCUCUCCAUUCAGAAAAAGCUCAUACAAUGGCCAUGGGAUUAG